AUGUCAACAAAUCAAUUAGCAAUAUUUAUUGCUGGUUGGUAUGUUUGUUCAAUUUCAUUGUCAUUAUAUAACAAAUGGAUGUUUGAUCCAACUAAAGGGUUGAAAAUACCGUACCCAAUAUUGAUCACAUCCUUUCAUCAAUUAACUCUAUGGAUUUUAUCAUUUAUAUAUAUACGAUGGAGAAAAUAUUAUUACACUAAUGAAAAAUAUAUCAAGCAUCCUAAAAAUUAUUUGAAAUAUAUUUUAAAAUUUAUUAUUCCAACAGCUAUUGCUACAGCAGGUGAUAUUGGUUUUUCAAAUGUUUCAUUUAAAUUUAUACCAUUAACAAUUUAUACAGUAGUCAAAUCUUCUAGUAUUGCAUUUGUUCUACUGUUUGGAUGUUUAUUUAAAUUAGAAGUUUUCCAUUGGAACUUGGUAACAAUUAUUAUGGGGAUGAUCUUUGGAGUUGGUUUAAUGUUUUAUUCACCAUCUCAAAAUUCUUCUUCACAAACUACAGAUACCAACUCACAGUCACAUAUAAUUAUUGGUGUGGUUCUAGUAUUGAUUAGUAGUUGUCUAUCUGGUUUAAGAUGGGUAUAUACUCAAUUAAUUUUACGUAAAGGUUCAAUGAAUUUACAAUAUUCUUCUGUACCUGUUGAUUCAAGGUCCGAAAUUGAUUCUCACCCAGUGCAUACAAGAGAAAUUAGUCAACAUUCAUUAAUGGAUGAAAAUGCUUAUCUUGAACAUGGUCAUAAUGAAAUAUCAGAAUCCAUUAAAGAUAAUGAUAAAUUCAGUAUGUCAACAAUAACAAAAAAUAAUAAUAAUAAUAAUACCAAUAGUAGCAGUGGUGUAUCAUCAAAAUCCAAUUCUAAUACUAUUACUAUCACCCCACUAAAUGCGGCAAAUGAAGAAUUACCAAAGAAAAAACAUCCAAUUUAUACAAUUAAUGAAUUGGGACCAUAUAUGUUUUCAAUUUUAUUAGUCACGUCAUUAAUAAUUGAAUCACCAUUCCCCCAUAUUUUCCAUUCUAAUUUAUUUAAAAAUACCAUAGAGGAAGAUCAUACCUUUUUUUCAAUCUUUAAAGGUAUUAUUUUAUUAAUCCUACCUGGGAUUCAAGUAUUUUUCAUGACAUUAUGUGAAUUUGGUAUAUUACAAAUCUCUAAAGUAUUAACACUAUCCAUUGCAGGUGUUGCUAAAGAAGUAUUAACUAUUAUUUUCAGUAUGAUACUUUUACAUGAAAAAAUUAAAGGUUGGCAAAAUUGGAUGGGUAUAUUUAUUAUAUUAAGUGAUGUUGUUUAUUAUAAUUAUUUUAGAUAUGUGACGGAUAAAAAAGAUGAUAAAUAUAUUAAUUCGACAAUUAUUCCACAAGAAAAUCAAGGAUUAGAUGAUAGAGAACCUGAAUUAAUUGUGGAAGAACAAAAUAGAUAUGGUAUAAAUAUGAGUCCAAAUCAUAGUGGUAGAAUGUCUGGUAAUAAAAUUGCAUCUAAACAUAACAAUUCGCAUUUGAAUAGUAAUAAUUCACCAGAUUCAAAUAGAUCUACAAAUUGGGAUAUUCAUUUACAAACUUUAAGCGAUAAUGAAUUGUUUGAUAAUGAAGUGAAUUCCAUUGGACAAAGAUUAGAAACUUAA